AUUACAUACAAGAUCUAUAGUAAAUUAUGUACAUAGUUUUAUAUCAAAAAAUAAAAAUAGUAUAAAAUUGUAAUGCCUGAGAUAAACAAUGCAUUUAUUAAAAACUGUUAAGGGAAGUACUUAAGUUUUAAGAGAAUUUAGCUUUAAUAACUGUUCACGUUAUCAGCAAAAUGGGUAGCAAUUACACUCCAGCUUUUAUGGCCAAAAAUUCAGCGUUCAGCCCUUAUAGAUUAAUAAGACGCGAGACGGGGUUUCAAAACCCAAUAGGAGCAGAGAAUGCUAUAGCAAGAAGUCUUUAUUGCGGCAUGAAGCCUAUUGCUUCUUGGGAUUGUGAACAAGCUAAUGAUGUUCCUACCGGAGGGGUGUUUAACCUUGAGUUUUCUCCAGAAGGGUCGUUGUUAGUGGCAGCUUGUGAAAAAAAAUCCAUUCAAAUAUUUGAUCCACUUACACAUAGAAGAAUUCAUUCAGUUAAUGGAGCACACUCAGAUUGUGUUAACUGUGUGAAAUUCUUGGAUGGUAGAAUGUUUGCAACAUGCUCAGACGAUGCCACCAUAGCACUUUGGGACAUAAGAAAUUUAAAAAAGAAAAUAUGUUCACUUCUAGGCCACUCUAAUUGGGUGAAGAACAUAGAGUUCUCAGUGAAAGACAAGCUACUAGUUACGUCAGGGCUAGAUGGAAGCAUUUAUACUUGGGAUAUAAAUUCUUAUACAGAGUACAAUGUGGUCCAUCAUAGAGUAUUUCAUGCUUCAGGCUUAAUGCGGUGCAGACUGUCACCAGAUGCAAGACAAAUGGUCAUGUGUACUACAGGUGGCUUGCUUGUUAUUAUACAUAACUUGAACUUGUCUACAUUGGCAAGGGAUUUACAUGGAUUUAAGCCAAACCUGUACAGGCUGAUGCAGAUGAGUCAACAGCUGAUCCCUAUUGCAGCAAUGUACGACCAUCUGUUUGACAGUGAACGUCGGGAGAACCGUGUUGAGUUUGUGUCCGAUUUCCCAGAAAGGAAUGAUGCAGAGGUUGUCAGCGCUUUGCAGGUAUAAUCCAUUCUAUUUGUUUACCUAUGAUCUAAAUGGUAGUAUGUCAUCAAUCCUUAAACAAUAACCAAAUAAAGAGGUUCUGUUCCAUUAUAUAUGAAAUUGAAUGAAAUAAACAGUAUAUUCUGUAAGUAAAUUUUAUAAAAUUUAUUAUCUACCUACCAAACAUCCACACAGUACUUUUAUUUAAAGUAAUGUUUUAACUUUUAAUAUUUUGUUUUUUUUUUCACUGCUGAGCAGGCUUACAAUUUCCAUUUUACUGAUGAUGUUGGACUCUGUUUGAUCGCGUACUAUGAAAUUUUAAGGCCAGCGCUUAUCCCAUAACUCAGGGGAUCUGCAUACCCAUCAUUUUUUUUCAAUCACAUCCAAGUAUGACUUGUUAUUUUACUAGUAAUAAGUUGCGACUUAAAUAUUUAAUAAAUUGAUCCCUUGUGAAAUAAAAUCAUUAUUUAACUAAUUUUACUUAACAUAUAUAUAAGUCACCACCAGUAGUGGAAAUAACAUUUUGAAUAAUUCUUGGAAUUUUAGCACAGUAUUUUUAUUACAAAUAUUAUGCAAAUAUUUAACAGACACAUAAUUGAAAGUCAAGUAAAAAAUAAAGUGACACAAUGAAAACUUUUUUUGUUUGUCGUUGUCAAAAACUAAAUAAUAUUAAUAACAUAUAAAUAUCCAAUUAUUUGGAUCAUGGUGGUCAAGUUGGUGUGCUUUAAUUUGAUUUUCGAAAGGCAUUUGAAAGUGUCAAUAAUUAUAUAUUAUUAACCCAGUUAAGCAGAGCGCUCUCCAUAGCUUGCUGAGCGACCUUGAGCAUCCUCAUACGGCCAGCAGUGACGGACGACGUCUCAGAUUUAUAAGUCACCGACAUAGUCCAACAGAUUAGUAAGCUGAAGUGGCAAUGGGCCGGCCAUAUAGGUCGAAGAACCGACAACCGAUGGGGUAGUAUACUGGUAGGCGAAGUGUAGGGCGACCCCCCUCUAGAUGGAUUGAUGACCUGGUAAGACAUGCAGGCAGUCGAUGGAGUCAGGACUGUGCUUUGUGGCAUAACUUGGGGGAGGCCUAUGUUUAGCAGUGGACUUGUGAAAGGCUGUAAUGAUGAUGAUGACGAACCAAGUAAAAUUAAAUUAGUGUCGCUCCCAUCACUACAAAAUAUAUCAAGCUUCCUACAUGAUUGUAAGUGAAGUUUACACCUUGGUUUCUAUGAAUCAGAGCCCUAUCAUACACGCGCAGGCAUCAGGACCUCUUCUUUUAUUUAUAAUGAUGACUGCCUCGUUGGUCUGGAGGUUGUAAAUUCUGUGUCAGGCUAAAAGUCACUUAUUGGGGUUUUCUGUCAAUAAAUUCUCAUAAGUAGCCCAGAGUUAGGAAGUUGGCGGUGGUUCACUCCCGUUUCUCGGAAAGCACGUAAAAACCUAAUAAUUAUAGCCAUCUGCGUCGGCGUCGCUUCCGCCAAUUUUUCGCUGUCCGGUCCUUGUCGCAUUAUGUCUCGCGUUAAAUCUGCAAUACUGCUUAAACUGUCUGUACUGAAUAAAAUGUCACUAGUUUAUUCAUUAAGAGUCUCCCAAUUGGGACGUAUUUACAGACCAAGUUAGCAUGAUCGCAAACCGUUGCGUGCAAUUUUACGAGGAUAAUAAAUAUCAAACAACAUAUCUAUCUGAAAUAAUGGUUUUAACUUUAAUUAAUCCGUUUUUCAUUUGUGUUUUUUCCUAUUUAUUGUAAUUGCUUCUAAAGUUGUUUAUAAUUAGAGCAAUAGGAUAAUGUUCAUAGAAAUAAUUUUAAAAAAUACUAAUGUUUGUCAACUUAAUUGCGUUAUAUUUAAAAAGCAAUCACUUAUUUGGAAUUAUUUUAAUGCUUUUAUUACUUGUUUUCCAGAUUCAUCCUCAAGGCUGGAGUGCCUUAAGUAGAAAUAUAAGCCAUGGUGAUAGAUCUGAGGUUAGUAUAAGAAAUCUAUAUAUAUCUUUUUUACUUAAUAAAAUGCAAAUUCAGCAAAUGGAUAGCAACCUGUUUAGCUCCUUUUAUUUAAUUUAUUGUUUUAUAUUUUAUUUUAUUUGUUAUUUAAUUUAUUAUUUUAUUUAUUUCCUUUCAUUCUAUUCUAUUUAGAAAUUGCAAUAGGAGAAUCUUUUCAAAUAAUAAUUUCAAGGUCAGUAGAUUGUUGGUUGAUAGAAACAAUGUGAUUUAAACAAUGGAAAUAAAUAUAAUUUAUAUUGAAAAAAAAAAUUGGUAUUAGAUUAAGACAUUAUCACUCUAUCAAAUAAGGGUGAUAAACAAGCACUCAGUUCACCUCAUAGUAGCUUGAUGCUGUGGCCCAUAGGCACCUACAUGUAUUUUUAAUAAGAAUCGAAAUACAGAUGUGUUGUUACCCAUUGACUUACACAAAAUGCCUCAUAUCCAGUACAAAAGGUCUCUGGUUCUCUUUCACUUACCAUACGAAAUGCGGCAGCAUUACGCAGUUAUUUCUGUGAGAUCGUGGUUCUUCCCCGGUCGAGCCGACGCACUCGUGCUACAACCAUAAUAGCUCUGUAGUGUGGCUCUACCACGUAUAAAUCAAAUUUCUGAGGGGACUAUGAACUAAUUAGUCUGAUAUAUUUCUUCACAGCAUGUUGGCGGUCUUCACAUCUCAAAAUAUUUUUAUUUCGAAGACUUGUCGAUAACCUCACUAUGAUUUUCCUUACAACAUUGAUACUGAUAGAUUUAAAAAUAAAGAAUGUUAGAGACAGAAUUUUGAGUUUAUUGCCUGUGCACAAGAACUGCAUGCUGGAAGUCGAUGGAUGCAGGUGGCUCAGGACCGUGCUUUGUAGCAUUUGUUGGGGGCGGCCUAUGUUCAGCAGUGGACUUGUAAAGGGCUGUAAUGAUAAAGAUGCAGACGAGAUAUCAGGAUAUCAAGAAAUUUCAAUUGUGUGUGUGCGUGCGUGCGUGUGUGGGUAAAUAAAAUUUUGUCGCACGAUACCUUUAGAACAAACCAACCCAUCGAGAUGGGUGACACGGCGCUGAUUAGAUUUUCAAGUCAAUCGGCCGAGCCGUUUCAAAGAUUU